CACAAGCAAUAGAUGAUGAUUCCGACUCCCCCAAAAUCUCCACUCUUCUGUGCAGUUCUCCCUCUCCUUUGCUUCCUCGAAUAGAACAGCAAUCAGAAAAUUAGAAUAUAUUAGUGAUGGAUCCAUCAGAAAAGAGGUAUUUGGAGGAUGAUGAUACUCCGAUGAUGAAAACUAUCAAGGGUGCGACUAUGGGUUUGGUCUCCGGAACUAUAUGGGGGACUAUUGUUGCAACUUGGCAUGAUGUGCCUCGUGUUGAGAAAAGUGUUGCGCUUCCUGGAUUGAUAAGAACAAUCAAGAUGAUGGGUAACCAUGGCGUGACUUUUGCUGCUAUUGGUGGUGUUUACAUUGGUGUUGAGCAGCUUGUGCAGCAUUAUAGGAUGAAGAGAGAUUUUAUUAAUGGAGCUGUUGGUGGUUUCGUUGCUGGAUCUACCAUUCUAGGAUUUAAAGGAAGAAACAUAAAAAAUGCUAUUGCUGCUGGAGCAGCGCUUGCUGUUACUUCUGCAGUCAUUGAUGCUGGAGGUCAGACCACGAGAAUGGACACUGGCAAGGAGUAUUAUCCUUACACUACCAAGAAAAGAUCUGCGGUUGAGGGAUAGUUUUUCAACACUGUUGGCAAAAAUGAAGAUAUUGGCAGGUUGAUGGGAGAGUGGUUAUAGAUGUAUGCUGAAUUGCCUGUAUGUUUUUGGAGAUGAAAUCAUACUCGUGGAUCUUCUUUUCUUGAAUUUUACCUUGAGGUCUGGAUGGAUGAUUUGAAUAAACAUGUUUCGGCAGUUUAGUCACUGUUACAUGAUUAUUUUUUUCCCAGUUUGAGACAACUGCUUUUGUCAUUAACCAAAUCGAAACAGAUACAACAAUAAUGGUUAAGCUACUUCUGAAAAGUGGUAGAGGUGUGAUUUACAUAA